CAUGUCAACAGCCGAGGAGUGAGUGGCGUGCAUGUGCCGCGCGAGUGGCUUUUCCGCGCCUGCCCCUGCUGUACCUGCUGUGCGUCUUAAUCGGCGCGUGUGUCUGUGUCUGUGUUUGCAUCUACAUCUCUGUGUGUGGUUUGGAAUGUAGGGUUCCUUUCGCAGAUUCGUCUUCAGCACCAGCCACAGCACCCAUGCAUGCGUGUGCCUCGCAAAGUUUCGCGAAGUCCCCCUACCCCGGGAGUUCCGAAAGGGCCCUCGCUGCUGGUUACUUGAGCUCGUUUGUUGUGUAUGGGGUCGCCUGGCAUGAUGCAAAGUCACAUAGCGCGACAACCCAAGGGCUAAGGAGGCAUUUAUAGACCUCCAGCGCGGAGGACCUUCCCAACCCACAGCCUGUCUCCCUGCUUCCUCCCCUGCUGCUGCUUCGUGCAAGUUGGCCGAUUUCAGCGACGCUCAGGACAGGACGAUGGAGAACGACAGCGCGUCUGGACAGGAUCCCGGACACCACUCAACCUCAGAGUCGCUUGCAAGCCUUUCGUCGCUGCACAGCUUCCCCAAGGGCCAGCAGCAGCAAGAACGCGCCUCUCCUCCUCCAAACGCCAGUGCCUUGCAGGUGUAUGGAGACGACAGCAACGGCAGCAACAGCACCAACAACAGCGACAACAACAACGAAAGCAGCAGCGACAGCAGAAGCAGCGGCAGCAACACUAGCAACAGCAACACUAGCAACAGCAGCAACGACGGCAACAGCUGCAUCUUGGCCGAGCACAACGCUCGACCUGUGGCGCUGGUGCUUGCACGAUCACCAUCAGACCGCUCGGCGUCCUCCUCAUACAAGCUCGAAGUUGAACCCAACGAUGGCGAUGGCCGGACCACACGCGAUAAGCAGCAGCGCUGGGGCUGGAAGGCCAAGGUGCUCUUGGCUGCCUUGCUCGUCGUGACUGUUGCCGCUGGGGCUGGUGUGCAGGUCGCCAUGUCAACCACGGGCUCUGGCACGAGCGGUAGCCAAACAGGCGGCGACCUCUUGACAGACCUUUCAACGAAUUCAUCAACGCCUCAGGCCGACAGCUGGACAACAGCUUCAAUGAACACAAGAACCACAGCCACGGUGGCAGCGACAACCACAACUACCACAACUACCACAACCACGAACAUUACGACCACAACAACAAUCACAACCACUACGACCACAACAACAAUCACAACCACUACCACUACUACUACAAUCACAACCACUACCACUACCACAACAAUCCCAACCACUACCACUACCACAACAACAACAACAGCAACAACAACAACAACAACAACAACAACAACAACAACAACAACAACAACAACAACAACAACAACAACAACAACAACAACAACAACAACAACAACAACAACAACAACAAUUGCUGGCACCUUGGAUUGUGACGACCCAAGCUCCAGAGACCGAUUUGCCAUGGGCGGCCUCACGUCGGCUGCUACCGUCAUCAACUGCUGCUGCGACGAGUUUUAUGCACUGGAACGUGUCAACGGCUCAGUGACAUUGCGCGACUCCGAGAGGUCGUUGCGAUUCGGCUCCGUGACACGCGUUGAUGGUGACAUCCUGGGCGGUGCCUUUGGCGAAGUCACAUCGAUCGACUUUGGGCAGCUCACCUUCGUUUGGGGCACGAUUGACUUCUUCGGACACAGCAUCACCUCGCUUGAUUUCAGGCAGUUGGCGUUCAUCGGCGCUUCAGCCAUCUUCCAGCACAACCGCAUCACCUCCGUUGAUUUUGGGCAGCUGACACUCAUUGGCGGUUCCCUCGACUUCAAUUUCAACAGCCUCACUUCGCUUGACAUGAAACACCUGAUGAAUGUGGGCAGUGCGAACUUCCUCGCCAACGACAUCACCGCGAUCGACUUUGGGCAGUUGUCGAUGGUUUGGGGCCUUUUCGACAUCGCGGACAACCCGCUCCGUGUUCUUGAUUUCGGGGCUCUGCGUAAUGUCGGUGCUUUUCUUCUCUGGGCUGGACACCAGUCUCGUGUCCUGGAAGGCAGCGUGAUUGGUGACCUUCUCCUGCGAGUUGAUGAUGUCCUCGAGAGGCUUGACUUCGGCAGUGGCAUCUCGAGUGUGAACGGGAACAUGUACUUUGAGACCAACUCUGUCCUCUCCAGCGUUGAUUUUGGCAGCUUAGCCAACGUGACUGGCGAUAUCCUGUUCGACAGCAACGAUGCCCUCACCAGCAUCAGCUUUGGCAACACCUCAGACACCAGUGUGGGAGGACUGGUCUAUGUCUACGCCAAUGAUGCCCUCACAGCGCUCGACUUUGACGGCAUGGCCAGAGUCGGCGAAUACGUGCACAUCAAGGGCAACACCAUCCUCACCAGCGUUGACUUUGGCGGCCUUGAGAGCGUUGGCCAAGACAUUCGCAUCGACUACAACGCCAACCUCGCCAGCAUCAACUUUGGCGGUCUCACCAGGGUCGGCCGCAACAUCAUUGUCGAAGGCCAGAGCGCUCUGACCAGUCUCAACUUUGGGAGCCUCACCACUGUGCCCGGUUACAUCAGCGUCGGCCUGACAGACGCCCUCACCAGCGUUGAUUUUGGCAGCGUCACCUUUGUGAAUUUCAACAUCAACCUGGAUUACAACACUGGCCUCACCAGUGUCAACUUCCGCAACAUCACCACGGUUUUUGGAAAUAUCGCCUUCACCUCCAAUGCCGCCCUCACCAGCAUCAACUUUGGCCAUGUCAAUUUCGUGAGCGGACGCAUCGCCUUUCAGGGCAACAGCGCCCUCACCAGCGUCGACUGCGGCGGCCUUACUGCGCUCUGUGUCAAUAACGCCGAUGGCAUUGCCCUCAUCAACUGCCCCGCUGAGUGUUGAUGCUUUGACUGCCUUGACCGUGUUGAUGGAUGUGUUGCUGUCACGUUUAAGUCAAGCUCUAAAGCUGUCUUCCCCAAGGCAUGCGCUGGUGCGCUGAAUAAAGUGGUUGUCCU